UUAGUUUCGUUUCCACCGUUGUACUGUUCCGACGUAGUGAAAUUACUUCGUGUUUCGUUUUACGUAUAAUUUAAAAUUACGUAUGAAUUUCGUUAAGAUUUGGUAUAAUUUUCUUCGCGAGUGUUUUAAAUAUGUUUAUUCACAAAAAUAAAAUAUAAAUAUAAAUAGUGGCAACGUGUUUUUUUCCGAGUGUCGAUAUGGUUUACCAUUACAGACCAACGAGAAUUUGUCACCAUGAUAUUAUUUACGAACGAUUGUUAGUUGAUCUAAGUUUGAAGGCGCGAAAGAUUCCAAUAUGGAUGUCAAGAAGACGCGAUAAAAUUUGAUAUUUUGUGAUCGUGUGCAAUACAUCGUUGUUAGAGUCAGUGUUUGUUUCGUAAUAAUAUUUUCGUAAUAAUUUAAGUGUAAAUUUAUUUCGCGAAAUUAGAGUCAGUGUUUAUUCGAUUAUAAUAUAAACAAUAGCAGUGCAAAUUCUUCGCAUCUAAUGGUGAGAAAAGAAGGAAGGAUCCGUCGAUUUAAUCGAGAUACUCGUGACAAGAGGAGAACGGAAGAGAGACUGUUGCAUGUAAGAACGGAUCUUCGAAAUCGUCGGCGGUCCUUUGAUUCUUCCCAUCCGAGAUUUCAAGUUCUUCGAUUGACCCGCUUCCGGAGUUCUCAACUGUCAGAAGGCUCGAGAACAAAACUUGGCAACGGAGCUCUCGGUGGAAAGAAGGAAAUUUCACGAUGCGCAGUUACGACACAUCCUGUGGCUGUUCGACGCGUAAUAAAAAAAAAAAAUUAUCCACGCGCGGUUUUCCACAAAGAAAAGUUGAAUUUUCUUUCGAGAUGCCAAAACUUGAUCUUAUCACAAGGAGAAGCAAAAAAAGAAAGAAAGAAAGAAAGAUUUCCUCGCCUAUUCCAAUAACGAGAGAUAAGAAGAAAUGAAAUACGAGAGGAUGGAGGUGCUAAAAACGUCGAUAAUCUCGAGUGAGCAAUAACGAAGAACAAACCCCUCCGAGAGAAAGAAGGUUUGAAAAAGAGAGCCGCGGCAAAAGGAAAGAAAAAUAGAAAAGAAAAAAGGGACGAGGGAUGACGAGGGUGAGAGAGAUAGAGAGAGAGGCGAGCGCGAAUCGAGUUAAGUGAAAGGGAAGAGGAAGAAUGGUGGAGGGAGGAGGAGAGGGGAGAGGAAGAUUUUGAAGAUAACACCGGUAUAGCGCGUCUCCGUUCUUAGCGCCGGUGCCUCGUUAAUUACACUUCGACCGAUCGUAAUUACACCUCUGCCACAUAAUGAGUCGAUUACCAAAGAUGGGGACGGAAAGAGGAAAAAAAGAAUGGAAAACUUUUGCGUUGUCCAUAUUCGUCAUCCGAAAAGAAAAAGAAGGUUUCUCGAAAGUAUAUAAAAAUGUACAUCACCAUGUUCUUCUCGAAGGGAAUAAUUUCGCUGGGAUAAUCACGAGGAAUUUUAUCAACGUAUCUCGAAUACCUAUGCACGUCUUUAUCUUGAAUUCCUCCGGAUAAAAAGUGUUUAUUUCAUUAUCGCGUGUCGAACGCGUGUGCAUUUAUUAUCUUUAAUAUCUCCAUAGUUGAUCUAUGAAGUCGAAGAGAGCCGGGAUCAAAGGUGAUCGAGAGCAAAAUAUCGUACGUCCUUCUGCCUUCCUUUCCCCCUCCCUUUACCUUGACAUCUCUGCGCGCAAUUCUUCUGCGCAGGGAGGGGAGAGCAGACGUUAUUAUUGUUUCGCGAAAAUUCGAGAUAAUUUGAAUCGCCAAGGCUCGCCACGUUCUUCCUUUUCUCUUUCUCUUCUUCGUGAAAAAAUAUACUACUGAAUUUGACGAAUGUCUGUCUUUAUGUAUUUUAUGUUAUGAUUAAAAGUAAAACUCUCUUGUUUGUUGUCAGGAGAAGAAUUGUCGAAUGACAGGGGAAUGGGAAGAAGAGAUAUUUUCCCCGAAAAGAAGAGAUCCGGAGGACUAUGUCGUAAAUACCGUGGUUCGUAAAACGGCGUGUCGAAUCUUAAGUUUCUCUCUCAAGAUCGAUCAAGGAAAAAGCGCGCAACUUAUCCGAUCGUUAAUUUCUCCAUCGCUCGUUGUAAAAUCACACGGCGGAGAUAAGAUAUUUAUCAUUGACAGUUAUAUUGUUAUCGUCGCGAUAAAAUUUAAUCGAGAUGCCUGUCCUUUUUUUUUACAACCUGUAUGCGUCAUGCCAUUUCCUGUUCAACGACGAUCCACGAUAUUUGCGAUCGCUUCGAUAUAUCCACCGUUUAUCUAUUAGAGAAUAAGAAAAGUUGUAAAGAAAAAUAUGUAUUCCGAUUUUCUCUAUGUUUCCACGAUAUUCUUAAUCCAGUUUCAUUAGAGAAUUCGUUGUAGAAAAUUCUCUGCGAUUCGACGCAUCUAUUGUUUAUCUAUUAGAGAAUAAGAAAAGUUGUAAAGAAAAAUAUAUUUCGACGAUCGACGCAUUUAUUAUUUAUCCAUUAGGGAAUAUAUUGUAAAAUAUAUUUCGACGAUCGAUUCCAUUAGAGAAUAAGUUGUAAAGAAAAAUAUGUAUUCCGAUUUUCUUUAUGUUUCGACGAUCAAUGCAUCUAUUGUUUAUCCAUUAGAGAAUAGGUUGUAAAAUAUAUUUUGACGAUCGAUGCAUUUAUCCAUUAGAGAAUACGUUGUAAACAAAAAUAUGUAUUCCAAUUUUCUCUAUGUUUCUACGAUAUUCUUAAUCAUCCACUGUUUCAUUAGAGAAUACGUUGUAAAGAAAAAUAUGUAUUCAGAUUUUCUUUGUUUCGACGAUAUUCUUAAUCAUCCAGUUUCAUUAGAGAAUACGUUGUAAAGAAAAUUCUCUGCGAUUCGACGAUCGACGCAUUUAUUGUUUAUCCAUUAGAGAACACGUUGUAAAGAAAAAUAUGUAUUCCGAUUUUCUGCGUUUCGACGGUCUACCGUUUAUCCAUUACAAAAUUGCAUUCCGUUCUUCUGUUCGUAUUUCGAUGAUAUUCGCAAUCGUGUUUCGACGCAUCCACCGUUUAUCGACUAGAGAAUACGUAAAAAAAAAUAUUCACGAUUUUCUCUGCGUUUCGACGAUCGACACGUCCACUGUUUAUUUAUUAAACGAUUGUACUCCGCUCUUCUCCUCGUAUUUCGACGAUAUUUUCAACCGCGCCAUUUCGACCAUUUCCAUUUCCACUUUGGCGGGAAUCGAUUUUCGAAAUCGGCCAAGUGUCAAUUCUCGAUAACCGGGAACAAACGAUUCGGGAAAAGGGGAGGUUUUGGCCGGCAUUCCUCGACUGAAAUAAGCGAGGGACAGAUCCUGGAGGACAGAUAGUCCAGUGGGAACGUGCGCUGUCCUUCGUGCCGUUGUUGCCCUUUGUUCGUCCACGUGAAAAAUGACUGCGGCGAAUGAUCAUCGCUGUACGCACACGGAUGAAAAAAGAGGGACGCAGAACGCGCGGGACGCGCGAUAAAUCUUUGCCCCGCGCUGCAAGUAAACGGUCGAUCGCUUCUCAAGUCUCUCGGCGACGAGAAACUACUACUCGAUGCUUUUUUUACACGUUUUCGGAGUUAAAACAUAGCACUCUUUCUUUUUCUUCUUCGUUUAUCCACCACGACAUCGAGAAAGUUGGAUCGAGAUCGUUUUACGCGACUUUUUGGAAGGCCGAUGUAAGACAGCUUGUAAAUUGGCGAUUUUCAACAGCGACGAAUUAUGAAAUUAUUCGGAGUCGAGCAAUACCAGAUUGGUCGAGUUUGGGGGAGAAGAUAAAUUUUCGUAAAAAAAGAGAAAAAAGGAAAAAGGAAUAGCAAUUCGCUAUUCAAUGUUGCGAGAAGGUAACAAGAUAACAAGGUUCGAUAACACGAGCAACGAUAGGUUCGUUGAUUAUGUAAAUACAAUAAACAACUUUUAACAACCAAUUACGCAAGACCCACGAAAGAAAGACUCCGAAAGAAGCAGCAUCCGUCGAUCGAUAAUUGCCAUUAAGAUUAUGUAAAACGAGUUUUUAAACGGUAAUUAACGAAAUAAUUAAAGCAACGAAUGGACAGAUUUAAUAAUAAUAAAUAUCCAUGGAAAGGGUCCCUUCCCCCCUCCCCCUUUGCUUCAAAGCGAGGAUCCACUUUCUGCGUCGUAUACCACCAAGAAAGAUGUUCGAAACAUCUUCCGCUUUUGCGACACUUUCCUUCGAGCGCUAUCACCGAUAACCACCGUCACGAGUUAUCCUUAUCGAGAGUACAACGCGGCCACUGUGCGCGGCGCGAUUCCAGUCUCGCUUAGUUCCUGGAACUAAGCGAGGCAGUGAUAAACGCGGCAAGGUCGUGGCGGUGGCGGCGCGCGCGGCAUGGGAAACGAACAUGGCAACCCCCGUUCGGCUCCACGCCGCCACGACGUGUCCAGGAUCGUUAAUCAGCGCAGCGCCCCGGCUACCAUGGGCCCCGAUGGAGCCGUAAAAUCGUGUUCGUUUUGCGCUCGAAAACGCGUCGAGCCGCUAUGCCUGUAUUCAUUCGCGCCUCGUGCCAACCUCCGCCUCGCUCGCGGAUACGUACACCCAGUCUCAUACAUUUAUUCACCGAGUAAUUGCAAGUUUACACGCGUGACACCACGCGAGCCGAGGACACGAGUUUCCCCUCCCUACCCCCUCCUUUUUUCUUCCCCUUUCUUUCAUUUCUUUCGAUCGUCGAAACCUCGUCGUUUCGCCAAAAGCGUAUUGUACGUUAUUCGACAACGCUAGUAAAAAUAGUUUUCCGAUCGAUAAAUUAGGAAGUGACGGUAUCGUUACGCGCGUAAGGCGACGAGUCGCGUAAGUCGGUAUACGCGAUGUAUAAGGAGAAAUAUAUAUCUAUGUGCUUUGUUUGGGAUAAUUAAAAACUCUUGGAUAAAAUACCCGUACAGCGCGCAGCUGCGAAACUUUCGGCGAGAAAAAAAUUCUUAUACAGAGGCGGUAUUGAUUAUCGCCAAUUUAUCUUCGAUCUUUCGAAGGUAAACCUGUUGUUGGAAACAAUAAUGCGCGGAGGAAUAUAAAAUUUUCGAGCGAUCGUAUCCCUCGUAUCCCCAUCCAGCCGCCCGAUUUUCCAUUGAAUGUAUCGAUUCGGUUCCUCCUUCCUUUUUUCUUUUGAUCAAACGAUGCCACAUCUCGAGCUUAAAUUCCACCGGUGUGUUCCGAUAUCUCGCGUAUCUCGUGAAUUUUCUGAAAUCACGAGUUGCCGCCGUUUGGUUCCCGAGUAACGAACGAAAAUAUGUGCGUCAGGAAUUCGCCUGCGAAUCGCGAGGAAUUCGGUGAACCUGCAACACGGCAUAUGCUUCGGUACGUUGCUACCUUGAUAUAUACCUGCUAAACUGUUCACGAGAGCGCAUUCACGGGAGCGCCAUAUGCGUGGUCGAUUAGGUUAUGGGUGGCAACCCCACAUGGUCUUUGGCGAGGAAGGAAGGUGGUGGCGCGCACGCAUAAAUUCCCUUCCUCUAGGUCGAGUGCUACCUGUGCGUUAUUGUGUGGCGUGCGCGCGCGCGCGCACAUACGUCAGCCGGUAACGAAAUGCCGACACGUGGAAAUCGAUAUAUUUCCAAGGUGGACCUGUGUAUUUGCAUUUUAAUUCACCGUUGUUGUUUAAAAUUUCUUGUUUAUCGUUAAAUUUGUCAUCGAUCUAUUCGUCCUUCUUCCCUUAACAAAAUACGUCUACUUCUAUCGAAUGUUUAUAUCGAGUUGGGAGUAAAAAAAAAAAAAAAAAAAGUAAGUAUUCAAUUAUCGUAUAUCCUAAAUUGGAAAAUGAUAAUUAUGCCCUUGUAACAUUUUGCAUUUUGAAAAGUACCAUCUCGUUCGAUCUUGUUUCGAAGCUUUUUCCUUUUUUCUCGUUCGGAUCGUUUAUUAACCGACAACGGUUUCAUUAACGCAGAAAAACCGAUUCUCCGAUCGACCUCGAAGAAAUCUUGUCCAAUCGUGAAAAAAGAAAAGGGUAAAAUCAUAAUAACUCUUCAAUAGGAGUUUUAUUGUCGAUCUUUCGAGACGAGAUCGUUUGAUACUAAUAUUAAUUACACGAUAAAUUCACAAACAUGGAAUAAUUUGCUCUUUCAUUCGAGUCACAUUUAGUUACGUAACGUAAAUUUGUUAUUCGACUCGAACAAUGCGCAAUUAGACUCGUCUGGCUCGACCAGUUGGACGAUAUUUUAAGACUUUGUUUUAAGAUACUUGUAACAACGUUUUUGCAUUUAUUUUUCAGAUACAACGCGAUCUCUCUUCAGUGUUAAUUUCACGAUAAUUAUCGGUGAUGUGGCCAGUUAGCCUGACCGACGUGGUUCAAGAAUAUAAUUACGGAACAAAUUGUCCAUUCAAAGGUUCAAGGUAAUAAAGCCAUCACUGACUGAAAAAUUUUCUUUUUGUCCUUUUCCUUCUCUCUCUCCCUCCCUCUCCUCGUAUUCACCUUCCUUGUUACCUUACCUAUCUCACCUCACCUUAUCUCUUUUUCUUUUCCCGUAUCUUAAAAUUUUAUCUCUUUCUCGUAUCAUAUAAUGAUUUUUCAAAAAAGGAAAGGAAAAGAAAGGAAAAAGAAGAAAUAAAAUAUUUCCGAACGCACAAUUUGUCGGGGUAUAUAUUUUUUUAUCGUAACGAAAUUACAUGGGAAAAAAGGAUCGCUCUUUCAAGGGUCGAGGAUGUACGUAUGUUAACGUCCUUGCGUCGGAUCGGCGAAAAUUAGUAGUUGGCGUAACGGGUACGCGAAUGGGCCACACCGUUCACAGGGGCGUCAUGUUCCUUGGAACAGGUUGCCAUACCAAGAGAAGCUCUACGAUGUUAAUGGCGAUACCUGCAACUUUGCGGUUAAAAAUUUGUCGCGCGGUGAGAAGUACGAAGAAGACGAAAAAUCUGCCGACAGUCUCGUAAAUCUUUUUACACCGAUACCUCUUUCUCUUUCUUUCUCUCCCUCUCUCUUUUUACACCUCGCCUUUCACCCUGGUCCUUGAGAACCAGGAAUCGCAAGGAAGAGAAAAGGAAAACGUAAAGAGGAAAACUUAGUUCGAGGCGAUCAUUCGUUCGAAAGGAAACUCGGCCGGUAACGGAGAGACGAUACGGUUUAUUAGUAAUAAUUCGGGGACGCUUGGUUGUUUCGCGAAACGAAAGAAAAAAAAGAAGAAAAAGAAAAGAAAAGAAAAGAAAAAAAUGAGAAAACUCGAGAAGGGAGUUUCGGUUUCAGUUUCGAUACCGCGGCGGUAUCGUUGGUAACCGAGUAUUAUUAUCACAGCGUUAUCAGUUACACGCGAGUACCUGGAUAAAAGUUAGUCGGAGAGCACGUGAAAGCGCUUCUUUAUCUGUCGAAAAUCCGAACGCGAGACGAGACGACGUUCGGCCGUCGUAUAUUUAUCACGCAGCCUCGACUCACUCGGUCCGCGCGCGUACUUACUUAUACGCGCGCGUGGGGAGAAACGUCCAGUGGCCCUCGUCGAGUGCCCCUUACGCGCGCCGCUUUUUUCCAACGGAGAGAAAGAUAGACGCGCAUAGAUGGAGAGAGAGAAAGAGAGAGAUAAGGAGAAAGAGAUAGAAAAAAAGGAGGGAGACAGAGCGCCGGUAAAAUGAAAAAAAAGAAGAAGAAGAAGAAGAAGAAGAAGAAGAAGGAACAGGGCAUAUACCUGUUCCACGCGUGAGCGCGCACACACACGCACUCACACGAGGCUAGGUCCACGCGCGCUUACGUGCGCGCGCACGUCCUCCCCUUAAGCACGAGGCCCGGCAAGCACGCGUGCGUCCUAGUACACGCACGCACGCUUCGUACGUAGCGGAUAAAAGGGAGCGGUGGUGGGGAGGAGCGAGUGGAUGGAUGGGGGUCGGCGCGCGCCACGGCGCAAGGGUGGGGGAACGGCUCACGUCUUCCACCCCCUGCCCUCUUCACCACCGCCGGAGUUCCCGUACACCGCUGCCCCCAACUUGGGCCCACGUAUCCUCCAUACGCGCCCCCUCGCUCCACUCGCGCCGCGCCCUCUUUCCUGCCUAGCUUCUCUCCUCGCCCGCCACCACCUCCUCGUCCUCCUCCUGCUCCUCGUCGUCGUCCUCCUCUUACCACUCGUCCUCUUCCUUCCUCGCCACGCAUCUUUUCUCUCUCUCUCUUUCUCUUUCGACCGGCUUCUCUCUGGACCAGCUUUUCUUUCUCCCGAUAUAUAACUGUUCAAAUUUCGAUCCCUGAGACACACAGGCCGGUCGGUGGGGAUGCGGACCCUUCUUGCUUGCGUGCAGUGUCUCUCACGCGUGCACGAAUUUUCGGGGAUCGUUUCUUUUUUCUUUUCCUCUUUCUCUUCGAUAUUCGAGAAUCCUUCGUUCCGAUAUUCUCCACGAUCGCGCUCCCAGAUUACGUUACGUUACGUCUCGGUAAGAAAGAUCGUGACGCUGUUCCGAAUUUUUAACGAACGCUUUGUUUCGGGGAUAGCUCUCUGGAGAAAAAUUGCGUUUUGUAAUAAUUGGGUGAGAAGUUAGGGAGAAGUUGAAAUGUACUCGGAAGCACGAGUGGAAGGAUGAAGACGGGCGAGCGUUAUCAGUGAUCGAUAACGGCGAAAUAGAUGGCGGAAAGAGCAAGGAGGACGAAAGAGGGCGAUUCACGAAGAUGAGAAUCUCGGGCGUUGUAGGGCCUUUGGAUGGACGGAGGAGUGGUGGGGAUGCGGACAGGGGUAUGAGGCGCUGCAAGCCAGUAGGGUGGGAAAGAGGGGGAGAAGAUGGGGGUUUAGGGCCCGAGAUCGAGUAUGAGGCCUUAUGGAGGGGAUAGGCGCGUGCCCGCCCUGGCUAUAUAAGGCCUCGAACCCUUCUUAGUAAGGCAUUUCGGGAGCCAGAUCCGUACCGUGAGCGUCAAGGGUGCGGUUUUUUUUAAAGUUUUCCGACUUUACCGAUCUCUCGUCACGUACAAAUCGUGCGAUUCGGACGUCUCUCGCUCUUUUCCAUUUUUUCGACCGACGUGUUCCCCAUUCGUGUGUUUCCCAUAUUUCUCUUCCCCCCUCUCUCUCUCUCUCUCUCCUUCCCUCUCCCUUUCCCCAACGCUUCCAUCGACUCGUAGCACGCGUCGCCGCCGAAUUACAUCCGAGAAGGCGAGUUGUGAGCGAAGGAGGGGGAUCAUUUUCUCUCCUCUCGGCCGGAGGAAAGAAUCGUGAUCGUGGCCGUGGCCGUCGUCGAUCGGCUCUCUCUCUCCGUUCCGUGCAGUUCCGUCGCGCGAACGACCGAUCACCACCGCCACCAUCGUCCUCGUCAUCACCAUCGUCGUCAUCAUCGACCGGAGGAUUCCACUGGUCGAGGUCAUCUGGCACGCGCUCCAGCGCGCUCUCCUCCGUGCGAGGAGGGGGAGGGGCGGGGGGAGGGGGCUCGAGUCAGUGAUAUGACCCUAGUGGGACCGGCGAAGGAGGUACCGAGCGCAUUGCCCGUCAUGCUGAGCGUGCAGCAACAGCACCACCACCACCACCACCACCACCACCACCACCACCCGAAUCAUCUGCAUCACCACGGCUCGUCGACGGCCGGGGGCCAGAGCCACAGGGGGAACGUGAUCGUCUCGGCGACGAGCGCCGUGCAGGGCAGCGACGCGAGCAAGAUCCAGCAACACGGUUGCAAGCGGUCCAAGAUUUACGGGCAGGGGGGCGGCCCGUACGGGACCGUGCCCCAUCAGCCCGCCUCGGUCGCGAGGCGGAACGCCCGCGAACGGAAUCGCGUCAAGCAGGUGAAUAAUGGAUUCGCCACGUUGAGGCAGCACAUACCGCAGAGCGUGGCCCAGGCGCUGGGUGGGAGCACGGCCGGGACCCACGGCGGGUCCAGGGCCGGCAGUAAAAAGCUGUCCAAGGUCGAGACGCUGCGGAUGGCGGUCGAGUACAUAAGGAGCUUGCAGCGCCUUUUGGAGGAGCACGACACCGACGUGUCCUCCCCCACCUCCUCCUCCUCCUCCUCGCCCCCCUCCUCCGCCUCGUCCACGUGCAGCUCCGCGAACGGGAUCGGCGCCGAGUCGUCCGCCCUGCGCCACUCCUCCCCCGAGCUCAGGCUUCGAGGAAGCGCGAACGCCGGCAACGCUGCCGGCAACAACAACAACAACAACAACAACGGCAACAACGAGAUUCGACACCACGCCGCCACCACCGAUCUGCAUCGCCACCUGAGGCAAAACCCCAGCCCGACCUUCGUCCCGGCCCCGUGCUCCGAGGCCUCGAGCUCGCCCACGCCGAGCUUCGUUUCCGAGGCGUCGUCAGCUGGCAGCCAGGGGUACGGCACGUCGGCCACCCUUUACGCCGCCCACUCCGACGGCUACGACAAUUACGAGCCCAUGAGCCCCGAGGACGAGGAGCUGUUGGACGUGAUCUCGUGGUGGCAGCAGAGCCAGUGAGACAUUUGGAUACGUAGAAACAAUGGGGAAUGGCGAAAAAAAAAAAAUAAAUAAAAAUAAAAAAACCGCAGAAACGACGAACGCUGUUCUAACACUGUGAUCUAGUCAUAUUUUACAAUAUUUUAAUUAUAAUUAUAAUUUUACGAACGAGGACAAAUCGUUAGAUUAGAAUUAUAGAUUAGAAUUCGUUUUCCUUUUUUUUUUUUUUUUUUAUUAAAAGUCGAGUUAAUCUAAGACGUUACGAAAAACGGGUUUGUGUCUGAGAGAAAAACGUUCAUCUAGGAUAUGUAAUGAUACGGCGGAACGCAAAAGUGUCGCAAGUGUUGAGGAAAAGAUCAAAUAAAAACGUCCUUGAAGGAUGGAGCAUUCCAGAGUGCCUUACGAAGAGAAAAUUGUUUUAUAUUUUUAAAUAAGUUAAAUAAGUUAACAAAUUAGCCUGAAAUUGCGCACGAAAGUAACUUUUUUAUUAUUGUAUCUUUAUACUAUAUUUUUUAGAAAGGAGAAAAAAAAAUAUUAUUAUAUAUUCCGGUAUUAACAAAAGUUUGAAGAAGGAAAAAGAAGAAUGUACCAGUGUUACGAAGUUUAUAUCGAACGUUAGUACUGGAAGAACUGAUUUGUUGUAAAUUUUAUACAAAUGUUAUUAACGUUUUGAGAUGUUAACAAUUCGAUGGAUACUGACAAAAAAAAAAAUGCUUCGUUUAUUUAUAUAUCGAUUCGAAUAAUUAUUUAAAUAUUUUCAUGAAAUUGUAUAAUAUCGAGUUGUAUUAUAAUAAUUUGUAAUAUUAUUGUAAAUAAUGUUUAUAACGAAAUUGUUUGAUAACGAAAUCGAUAGAAUUCAUUCAACGUUCACAUUGGACUAAAAAAAAAAAAAGUUGAAAAAAUUUUAUCAAACUCGUGCCUUUUAAAUAUAUAUAUAUGUAUAUAUAUACACAUAUCUAUAUAUAUAUAUAUAUAUAAAAUAAACAAUAAAUCAUUAAAUAUAUUGAACAACGUUA